AUGAGUGACGACCAAGAGUUAACAAGAAUAGGGUAUUUCCUAGUAUUGAUUACCUUCCUGAUUGUUCUAACCUUUUUUCUUACCUUUGCCUCUUACCUCUGCACUAAACCUCCUCAUCCAAUUUCAUCCGUUCCAUCUGAUGAGCCUGUAGUUGGUGGUCACAAUGACACAAUCACAGACACCAACCAGAUUACACCAAUCACUGUGGAGCCUGCAGAGCCACGCUUAGAUGAGACUGUGGCUACAACAGUGUGUAGCAACCCAAACCCAAGCAGUACUCUUCUAUUCUCCAAAGGACAUGAGAAACUAUGUCGUAGUGGAAGUUCAAGUUGUUUUUGCUGUUCCAUAUGCUUGAUGGAUUACAAGGAGUCUGAUUUGUUGAGAUUGCUACCUGGUUGUGGACAUUUCUUCCAUGUCAUGUGUGUUGAUCCUUGGUUGAGGAUGAAUUUAUCUUGCCCGGUUUGCAGGAUGACACCAAUUAUAACACGCGUGCGUGUCGAGCCCGAACACGUGCGUGUUGAGCCCGAAACAUUUACAUCAUGA